AAAGCAAAGCAAAUUGUAAAAAAAAUCGACUUUGGUAGGUUGGUUGGAUACGGAUUCGUGCGUGACUGCGAUUUGAUGGUCAUCAUCGUCGUCGUCGUCGUCGUUGCAAGUGUCAAAAGAAAAAAUUUCUGCUGGAAGCAAAAUAAUUUUCGAUUUCGUUGAACGACGUUUGGUUUGAUGGUGUAAAAAACAUUUUGUGACUUGUUAGUGCAUAAGUGUUUUGCUUCCAUCGAGCGAUAUCGAGAUAAUUGCGAGGCGAUCAUCCGAGGUUGACCAAAAUUCGAUUGCCUGUUAAUGGAGAAACCUCUUGUGCGAUUUGAUAAGUGCUGAUUAUUUUCUUCGCGUACUGACGGACGUCGAUGGUCGGUCGGUCGGGUGUGUUUUUGUUUUGCGACUAGUGUACGGUCGACUAUCUGGUGUUAUCAAGUGCGGUUUUGCGAAAUUUUGUUUCAGAAUAAUAAGUAAUUGGAUCACGCAUAUCGCGUUUAUCAGCGCCGUGUUUGCAUAUUAUCGGUUUACCUGUGCAGAAGUUGCAUACGCUGUGUUUGGAAAACGAAAUCGAUCGUCGACAUCAUAGUAACCGCUGCUGCUAGGAAGAGAAGGGACGCAAUCGCAGGCGACAAAUUAAAUUUUGAUUCCUGCUAGUUCUGUUCUCGCUAGCUGUUCUGUUCAAGUGCGUGCAGAUAGGAUAGACAAUCUGAAGCUGUGAAAUAUCUACUGAAUUUUUUCGCUACCAUCGACCCAUUGCUUUGCAAGUUGAAGGACUAGUAUGGCAGACCCAGGAGUGGCCGCCGCUGCACCGCAGGAACCUGCCGGGCCUGCGGGACCAGUUCCGAAUGGGAAUAAUGACGCCGGAGGCGGUGGCCAGGGUGCUGCUCCGCCUCCGCAGCCGCAGCCACAACCUCAACUGCAACCCCGAGUUAGGAAUAAUGCGCAGAAUCCACUUAUCAACGUGCGAGAUCGAUUGUUUCAUGCUUUGUUCUUCAAAACGGCUAUCGCCUAUGCUCAGACGGUACCAAAACCCGUCCGUCGCGCCAUUGAACUCAUAUUGCUGCUUAAGGCUUUGGCAGCUUUUUUCAUCCUUGUAUACAUCCACGUGCGUUUCUCACAAACUCCCACGACCUGUUUGGACCACGUUAAGAACGAUUGGCCCCGGGAUGGAAUUUUACGUAUCGAAAUCCUGCGCCACAGUCCGCCGAAGGUUCCGGCGGCCGCGGCCGAGUUGAAAAAUAAAAAUGCCGACUUGGAAGACUCGGGCGAAGUCAGUAUGCUACGAAAUACCCACAAGAAUGGGAUGAUCAGUAUCGAUCCGUCGACCACGUUGCCGCACGAACAGGAACAAAAUCAGAACGCAGAGCUGUUGCUGCUGCAGAGUUACGCCAACAGCAGUCCGUGGUUGGCACAGCAGAAACAGCAGCCGCAGGAGCAUAUGACUUCGAAAGUGUACCAGUCGACUGCGAAAACGGAAACGGUUGCCGGUCCGGUUGAUGACGGUGCCAUGCGAAAGGUCGAAGUGAAUAUGCCAAUCGAAAGUACUCAGUUUUUGGGAGAGCGCACCCGAAUGGAUGUGCACGAGCAGGAAGGCUCCGAUGAACUGCUGCUGCAGAAGGAUUACGGUGACAACGUCGUAAUCUACACCAAUGAAACUAUCAUGAAAAAUUUGGAAAAAAUGAAAGAAGAUCCUUUACCGGAAACAGAGCUCAGAACGGAAGUGCCGGAGAUGGAGAAGAUAAAAAAUGCCCUUUGGAGCGAAGAGCAGUACAUUGUGGAAUACUCGCUCGAGUAUGGCUUUCUGCGGCUGUCAGCCGCAACCCGUCAGCGGCUUAACAUUCCGGUGCAUGUUGUUACUUUGAACCCACAGGAGAACAAGUGUUUCGGCGAUUCGUUCAGCCGGUUUAUCCUGAAGGAGUUCCUCGGUUACGAUGACAUUCUGAUGGCCUCGGUUAAGGUCCUGGCCGAACAGGAAGACAACAAAGGCUACCUACGGAACGUGGUCACCGGUGAACACUAUCGUUUCGUUUCGAUGUGGUGGAUGUCUCGCGGUUCCUAUUUUGCGCCCUUUUUCAUUAUGAUCUUGUUCACCAUUUCGAUUUCAAUGCUAUUGCGGUACUCUCAUCAUCAGAUCUUCGUUUUCAUCGUGGAAUUGCUUCAGAUGUUGGAAUUCAACAUUCCGGUCCGUUUCCCAGCGGCGCCACUGCUGACCGUCAUACUGGCGCUAGUCGGUAUGGAAGCUAUUAUGUCAGAGUUCUUCAACGAUACCACAACCGCCUUCUACAUCAUUCUGGUGGUGUGGUUCGCCGAUCAAUACGACGCCGUGUGCUGCCACACGUCUGUCACGAAACGUCACUGGUUAAGAUUUUUCUACCUGUACCACUUCUCGUUCUAUGCCUAUCACUAUCGAUUUAACGGACAGUACAGCAGCCUUUCGCUGUUCACAUCGUGGUUAUUUAUACAGCACUCGAUGAUCUAUUUCUUUCACCAUUACGAGCUGCCGGUCAUAAUUCAGCAGGCUCAGCUGCAGCAAAUUUUGCUGCAAACUCGCGACGGUCAAGUACCUCCAGCAAAUCUACCCCAGGCGGCCAGACAGCAGCAGCAACAACAGGCGCAACGAGACCGCAAUGGAGCUCAACCGCAACAACAACAGCAACAACAACAACAGCAGCAGCAACAACAGCAACAACAACAGCAAGCUCAUCACCGCGCGGCAACGGUUCUGGAUGGUUUCAUCAAUGCCAUGCGAUUCCAGCGCCGGCCUAACGACAAUAACAACAACAAUCGUAACAUCCUGAUCAGUAUUCCGCGUUACUACGGAUUGUUUACCAUGAACGGGAAUAACAAUGAAAACAACAAUGCAGCUCCCGCCUUCGGCGAAGGAGGCGUUAAUGCGACGGUACGGAACAUAGCUCACAGCUUGGUGCAAAGCUUGCGGAACAACGUAGCCGCCGGUAUGGAGCUGUUGGGCAACAUGAACAUCAACAACAAUAUGAUUUUCGCCCAAAGACCUUGGUUUGGAUUUGGUGUACCAGUUCAGUUCCGUCGAAACCCGAACGGUCAUGCGAUCGGAAUACGUGUAAUCGGUAGAUUCCAAUUUGGUACCGGCCAGAAUACGAAUUCAGUCGCAUCUGGGACGGACUCCGCAAACGUAGCUGGCAGAUCUGGAACUCCCUCAAUGACGGCCGAGAACAUUGCAACGGACUCCGCGGUGGAUCCGCGAACUAAUUAUCAACGUAACUAUGAAGCGAAUAAUUUCAUUUUCCCGGAAGCAGUACUUACUAACCAUACGCAGCAACAGCAGCAGUCGUCGGAACAACUGCAGCCUCGACUGGAAAUAACAACGGCCACCAUACCGGCCGUUGUUGAGGGUGGUGAUACCGAGAAGAUCUACAGCAUUGAAGCUCUGGCCCAGGAAAGCAGUGACUCUAGCAGGCCUGAGCGAAACCUCGCUCGCACUUCAGAACCCAGCACGAGCAGCGUUCCGGAGUCAGCGCAGCGCAGUAGUACGAAUAGUAUAACGGUGCCGUCCGGUACGGUCACCACGGAACGGGGCAACAGCAAACCCCCGACGGAAGCAAGAACAGCAGAUUUCAACGGUGAAGAAUCUUAAACGAAUUUUAUUCUGGUAUUUUUUUUUUUCGCAAGUCACGAUGUCUACACCCGCUUAUCUGCGGACUUAUUUUUACUGAACUACAACAAGAUAGGAUCUAGCAGUUUUUUCAUGGAACUGGCGAUGUGCUUUAGUGUAGAAGUCCGAGCAACAACAUGUAUUGUGUGAAGUGAAGUAGUAGGACGAAGCGUAUUUCUCUGUAAAUAGCUGAAAAUCAUGAAGUCAGUUUUGGCAGUUGUAAAAUUUUAGGUUGAUCGCCGGCGAUUCCGUUCGGACUGUAGAGAUGAAGAGCAAAACAAAAACAUUAAAAUUAAAUUAAUGAUUAUUAAAGUCAGUAUCGUUGGUUCACUUGUUUUUUGAAAAUGAUAA